CCUGCCCGCCUUCUGGAGGCAGGAGAAACAAGAUGGCAGAUCAACAAGACCUGUCUUAGUUAAUCUAACUUUUCCCACUGUUGAUUUCUACACGUUAAAAAUAUAUACAAUUAGCUAGACAAAGCAAUCUAGCUCCCACGCCUUUUUAUGGUUGAUAUAUCAGCUACUAAAAGCGAGAUUUCACAGAUUAGCUGAUUGCUAACUGCCGUUAGACUGCUAGGCUAGGCUAGGCUAAGCUAGGCUGUUUCUGUCUGGUCGGAGCGUAGUGAGACCUGCCAUCAUGCAGGACCUGAUAGCCACCGUGGACCACAUCAAGUUUGAUCUAGAGAUAGCUGUGGAGCAGCCUGGGGCUCAGCCUCUCCCUUUCCCCGGGAUGGACAAGUCUGGGGCUGCUGUGUGUGAGUUCUUCAUGAGAGCUGCCUGUCUCAAAGGAACUGCCCAGGUGGGUGUGUCCGGGAUGUCCGUUCUGUCAUCAUCAGUGGGGAAGACGGUGGUGUGUAAACACUGGCUCAGAGGACUCUGUAAGAAGGGAGACCAGUGUGAGUUCCUACAACUGUACGACAUGACCAAGAUGCCCGAGUGUUACUUCUGUACUCGUCUAGGAGAGUGCAGUAACAAGGAGUGUCCGUUCCUCCACAUCGACCCAGAGUCUAAGAUCAAAGACUGUCCCUGGUAUGACAGAGGCUUCUGCAAACAUGGUCCAGACUGUAGACAUCGCCACACCAGAAGAGUAAUCUGUAUGAACUACUUGGUUGGUUUCUGUCCAGAGGGCCGGUCCUGUAAAUUCAUGCACCCGCGGUUUGAGCUGCCGAUGGGAGCCACAGAACAGCCUCCUCUACCAGCACAGAUACUGGGUCACCAGAAGACGUUGCCUUCGCUUGGCCGCUCGUCCCUGUCACUCAUCCAGCUGACCAAUCCUGGGGGAGGUGCAGGUCCUCACCAGCAUCAACACCAUCAACGCCAGCCGUACUCCUCUGGUCCCAGCAUGCAUCAGCACCACAACAACAUGGGAGGAGGGAACAGGGGUCCACGCCCACUAGACCAGGUCACCUGCUACAAGUGUGGUGAGAAGGGCCACUAUGCCAAUAAAUGUACCAAAGGACACCUGGCCUUCCUCAGUGGACAGUAACUCUCUCACAACCCCGUGGUUGGACUCCGUUCAGCUGGAAGACAGCGGAGAGCAGAGCACAACGUCUGUAGAUUGAGAUGCUAUUUUGAAAAACUUCCAAGUCCUUCGCUGAGUCGUCAGGAACCCUGGACCUCUGGACAGACAGACCUGUUUCUAGAUCGGACAGACAGACCUGUUUGUAGAACGGACAGACAGACCUGUUUCUAGAUCGGACAGACAGACCUGUUUCUAGAUCGGACAGACAGACCUGUUUCUAGAACGGACAGACAGACCUGUUUCUAGAACGGACAGACAGACCUGUUUCUAGAACGGACAGACAGACCUGUUUCUAGAACGGACAGACAGACCUGUUUCUAGAACGGACAGACAGAACGGACAGACAGACCUGUUUCUAGAACGGACAGACAGACCUGUUUCUAGAACGGACAGACAGACCUGUUUGUAGAACGGACAGACAGACCUGUUUCUAGAACGGACAGACAGACCUGUUUGUAGAACGGACAGACAGACCUGUUUCUAGAUCGGACAGACAGACCUGUUUGUAGAACGGACAGACAGACCUGUUUCUAGAACGGACAGACAGACCUGUUUCUAGAACGGACAGACAGACCUGUUUCUAGAUUGGACAGUGCUUCUGACGCUUUGAUCAAAUCCUUAUGUUGGAUUAACCUUUAACCCCGAGACACUUUUGGGACCCAAGCUGGGAUUGGUACUUCUAUCCAUACACUUCUGUCAGAUUGCUUCAUGUGCUUCAGGGAGGAAGUGUGUGACCGAGCCAACCGUGGUUUAUCUGAAGCCUUGAUUUUGGUCAUUCAUGGACCCAAACGUUGAACGAUUCGACCCAGGUUUCGAUCAACAUAUUGGAACGAUAUCCGAUCUCCAGACCUUCUUCUUGUAUGUGAGUGAAGAGAGUAUACAUUCUAACCCAGGGUCUGACCUGUUGUUCAUCCUGAAUACUCCAUUUUACUGACUUCAUACUCAACCUUCAAUGAAUUGAAAUAGAACUCUUGAGCUGUGAUGUCGCUGUGUUGGAUCCUUUCACAGCUUUUUCCCCACAGAGGAGGAGGUGGGGGAGGGGAGGAGGUGGGAGGAGG